CGCAACAUAUCUUCACUGUAGAUUCUCCUUUACCAAAAGGCUUUUCUUCUACUGAGUGAGUGUAACUUUAUGGCCAAAUACAUGAGGCCCCCAAACACGUCUUUGUUCGUCAGAAACAUCUCCGAUGAGUCCAGGCCUGAGGAUAUACGGCGUGAGUUUGGCCGCUAUGGGCCGAUAGUGGAUGUCUACAUCCCGCUUGACUUCUAUACACGUCGAUCAAGAGGAUUUGCAUACAUUCAAUUUGAGGAUGUGCGUGACGCAGAAGACGCCCUUCACAGCCUGGACCGGAAGUGGGUUUGUGGCCGGCAGAUUGAAAUCCAGUUUGCCCAGGGGGACCGGAAGACACCGAAUCAGAUGAAGACGAAGGAGCGAAGUUCUCCGGGCAGAUCCUCUCGCCACGACGACCACGAUCGGGACGGCCGGCGCCGACGCUCGCGCAGCCGCAGCUACGACCGGCACCGGUCGCGCAGCCCUUCUCACGAUCGCCACCGCAGGCGGUCCGAGAGUCCCCGCGAGUCCCGUGGUCGGGUGUAUGGAGGAGGAAGAAGCAGGAGCCGCGAGGAUGAAAGAUACAGACAGAGGCCUCGGAGAGAGUCCAGAGGGCGAUCUCGCUCCCGCUCCAAAUCCGUGUCUCUGCGAGAAGCCGCCAACCCGGCUUCCACUUCCCAUUACGUCGAGGAGGAAGUGUGCCGGACACACACGCCGUCCCGCUCCGCGUCCAAAUCUCGGUCUCGGUCUCGUUCCCGAUCCUGGGCCGGACGCAAGUCGGGAGGCCGCUAGAAAAGUACCUGCUCCUCUCCCCCCCCCCCCUCCUUUCCUUUCUAUCCGUCGUCAGAUUCGCCGGAGCUGGUGCGUCUGGCCAGAAGUGUUUGUUUUGACAUGAAUGUAACGUCCACUGAAGCAUUUCUAGAAAGCUUGUUUUUCGCAGCUCCAUUUCAAGAAGAAGAACAGCGCCGGUUCCUUUGCUUGGUUUUAUCCGAUAGUAUUGGUGAGAUUUCCUGAUUUAGACGUAUGAACCAGUCGGGGGUUUCUGUGUUCGGUGGUAGUCGGCCAGGAAUAGUCGUCUUUUUUUAUACGAGUUUACUGAGGUUUCUGUUUUCUAAACCGUAUGCAUCCGUUUUUGCAAAACAAAUAACAUUCAGUAUUUUAAAACGAAUCUGUUAGCGAACCACACCAGCGUUUGUGUAUGUUUUAUGUCGAAUCGCGUACGUUUGAAUCCACCGGCGACCUUCUUCCAGAGAGUUUCCAUGUUUUUUUUUCUUCCCUUCUUUCAGCCACCGUUGUGUAUAUUUAUUUUACUCUGUGAAAACUAAUAUUCUGUCACAUCGAACACCUGUACUGACACAACAGCAGACUGUAUUUUUAGAUGCACUGCUGUGCCCCGCAGCUCUACACAAUGGGGGAGGGGUGGAGGCCUUUUCAUGCUAAGAAAAUGAGUCAAUGGCCGCCCGGGAGAAUAACCUAAAAAAACGAUGUGACGCAUGUGGUCUGUUGGAAAGAGACGAGCAGUCGUGUCGAGUAUUGAGACUAAAACACACAGGAACACUGCUGCGUACGAUGUUGUCGGCUUUAACCACAAACUGUUACAAAUUUACAUUAAUCUGUUUCAUUUGUGUGGUGAUUUCUGUACGAUUAGAAUUUCUUCUUUUUAUUUUUAAUGGUGUUUUUAUUGUUUUAUUUUUGUAACUUUCUCCAAACUUCCGUGGUGAGAGCGGCGACGUGCUCUCGUUGGUGUUUGCACGACCGUGUUGCCGUUUAUUUUUUUCAGAACGAAUGUCGUCACUGCAUGUUUAUUCUCUUCUCAUCUUCUACCUUUUUUUAGUAGGAAGACGACUCUUAUUUUGAGUAAUAAAUGGAUCACAUUUAGUAAGAGGAAA